AUGGCGGAACACCAUGGUUCCGACGUCCACACUAAGCCGUCCUUGAUAGCUGAAGCAAAUAGGCUGGUGGGCGCUAUCUUGGCGUGUGGCGGCGGCGGCAGCCACCCCAAGACCGUCAAAGCUGUCAUAGAUUUUCUGAUCCAGUUCCGCGGCGGCGCCGGGGUCCCCUGGGUUCGCAUGUACCAGCUAUUCCCGCCUUGGCAAGAGCAAUGUGGCCUUCUGAACCAAGAAUGGGACAGAGAUGCUGUGCUGGAAAGAGCCAAGGUGAUUUUCACGUUGAUCAACACCCAUGGGAACACCAUUAGAAGGACGGCUUUGGGGGGUGGGACAUGGAAGGGCACAGGAGCAGAGACCAUCGGAAACAACCUCGUCCUCACCAAACUGUAUUACAAAAGGGACGGCGCAAAUAGGCCCAGGGAGGAGGGAUUCACUGUUUUUGAGUUCCAUCUCGCAAUGGACCUGCAGCCUCGAGUUGCUAUAUGUGUACUACAUCGAACGGACUAUCGGCAUGCUAUUCCGGAUUUGAGGGAGUACAUACAUGAGGGAUACAUUCCGGGAGGAAAUAAUCAAGCAGAACAGCAGAUGGUGCAUCCCCUGGGACCGAUUUAUUCAUCAGCUCCCAUUGUUGGUGAACUCAUGAAUGGUACCCGAUUUGAUCGACCCAUUAACCAAGCUUCUGACAAUGAGGGGCUAAGCUAG